AUGUCAUCGCAGAGAAAGGAACCUAGGGAAGGGGAGAAAAAUAAGAACGGGGCUGAAGAUACAAUGACAGGCAUCAAGUACUUGCUCGCAAUUCUUCUCCUCAGUUUCAUCACCAAAGGGCUGUGCGCAAGCUCUUUGGAGAACAUCACCGUUGGGACCGUCCGAACCGGGGAGAUCAUACAGGGCAAGCCGCAAUGGAGCGUGACAGUGAUCAACAACUUUGCCUGUGCCCAGAGCGGCAUCAAGCUUGAGUGCGCCGGGUUUCAGAGCACCGAGCCGGUCAAUUCCUCAAUUUUCGCAGAGCAAGGGGAUAGAUGCCUGGUUAACAGUGGAAAAGCCUUGGCACCACAGGGCUCGGUCAGCUUCUCUUAUGCUUGGUAUCCUCCGUUUCUUUUGAGGCCAGCCGAGUCGAUCGUGGUCGGUUGCUGA